AUGAACAUCUCUGCCAAAUCUUCAAAACCAAAAGAUCCAGUUAAGCCACCUUCAGCCAAGGAAGUUGCAUUGGAAACCUUCAAAGCCAUGGAUUUGGAUAAUUCGGGGAUGGUGAGCUUCGAGGAGUUUAAAAUCUCUAUGGAGAAGAAAAGUCGACAAAAACUGUCGACGAUCGCACUCAAAGAAUUUUUCGACCGCCUCGACGUAAACAAAGAUGGGCAAUUAAGCCUUGAGGAAUUAGAAAAGCUCACGUAG